CUCAUGAGUUGUAUCAAUUGUUUGUGGGCCGGCGUGUCGGAGAGAGCUUUGCUUACCUGAUUUCCUGUAUAACAAGUUAGGGUUGUGUGGAUCGGCCUUUUCCUGCACGCUUUACGCAAGCCAAAAGAUUUAAAACCUAAGAUCAUGUUGCUGCUACAAGGUCGUUCGAGGAUAAUCUGAGGACCACUAACUAUACGCAGGUCUCUGGACCAGUCCAAAAAAACCCAGAAACUUGAGAACUUACUUUAGAUGAGAAUCAGUAUCUUACACCUUUUACAUAACGAUGAAUGAUGGAUAUUUAGAAUGACUAUAUUUUCGGUUUUUAUCCUUCUUGUUUUGCUUAUCAAUAAUAAUUGGUUCCUUGCCAAUGCCGCCAGAUUAUCUACAACAUGAUAGCUCGCAACGUGUAAUAUGCUUCGUCAUCAAAAUAUUCAGAAAUUUUCAUCAGUGUGGUUCGUUUUUCUAAAGAUUUUCAAAUAGGUAGUGGUUCUACUUCUGAUCUACAGAGAGAACGAAGUACUUCACUGAAAAUGGAAAAAGUUCGUGGUCUCCGGUUGCUCGCGUGGUGCGGUGUGUUAGUCUCUGGCUUGGGGGUGCGAAAGGUAUCAGUGAUACCCGAAGGGCUGGGAAAUCCACGCGACCCGGCGAAAAAAGUAGCGGUCCUCGAAGACAGCAGCAGCACUUCCCACAUACAGAAAUAUGAUCUGCCGUACUCGUCAAGCAAAGCCCCCGCGAAAGCCGGGUCCGUGGCAUCAGCACAAAAUGAUUAUGCUUAUUCUGCUUGUAAAUCUAGUUUUUAAUUCUUUCCACCUCGUCUCUCACUCUCUCAAGUGGAGUAAUAUCCUGGAACUAGCAGGGAAAAAUUUGUGGAAAAGAUCAGACCUAAAUACUCUAAGUUGAGAGGCUUCAACGGGGACCAGCAGGAAGAGGUAGAGGAGUACUGUUACCGAAAUCAGUAUCGUGGCCCGGAGGCGCGGAACUGCGUGUUGGUCGCUUUCGCAUCAGGCCUUUGCUCUCAGAUGAUAUGAACCCUUUUCUAUCAGAAGAGGAUGAUACCGUCGAUGCUUUUGUCGGUAGAAGAAGGGCACGCGCCUUCAGCAGCCCGGGUCCGCUAGUGGAGACUCCUACAGAGGAGGCCAUGCCCGAUCUUUUUGGAAUGCCAUUGCAACUGUCAGCGGCCUCUUGCUCGUCUGCUGCUGGAAUCAUUUGCGCCAGUGCUGUUGCGGAGAAAGCAGGAAAUGAUAGUAGCAGUGAGCGUGGACACUCUAGUGAACAUAGUCGUGCUUUCCAUACGGCCUCUGGGCUUUGUUCUCACCCAAGCUACGCCGGAAAUGGAACUCCUCUAGGCAGUACACGAGGUCCUUCCUUCGCGAAUAAUGGUUCGAGUUCAGAGCAUGCCAACUAUACUGAAGCUGGUGAUCGUCUAUUGUCGCCAACGCCAGCUAGUAGCGCGGUGGCCUCUCCGUAUCCUAGUGCCAUUCUCCUUAAAGUCGCUGACACGCGAGAUGGGCCACUGCAGUUCCGUGAGCCACAAGAAGCACAACCAUUAAAGAGUAAAACUGCUGCGAGGACGAGUUGCGGGAAGCAAGACGUUUUCCUCUUGAGGGAAGCGAAGAGAACAAUUUGGAAUAAACAGGGCGGCAAAGGCUGCUCGAGAUACGAUAGCCCUGUGCCAGAAGGAACCAGGGAAGAAGAACACGACGAGUUCUUCGCGCGAGUCGAGCUGGCAGUCGAAUUGACCAGUCGGUUACGAUCUCUCCUGCAGAAGCAAGAGGGACUCUGUAAUACUUUUUUGAAUAGUACCUCCUGGUUGAGCUGCUACUGAAUCGGAUUCACUUUUUUGUGCGACUGCGAAUAUAGUAGCGCAAGGAAAUAGGCAUUGCUCCCAAGGGAAGCACGUAGAUGUACGGAUUCAUUGUGCUGUAUUUUGUUCUAGUAGUUGUACUUGUACGUUUGUUCCAUCUUUCAGGUGCCAUCGCAGGCGACGACUUCUGGUCUCUAGAUUCGUGGAAGAGAGAAAUACCAGCGCUGGGGAAUUCGUGCACGCGCGUGUGGCUUCCACACAACGGCCAUCUGAGUCUGCUGUUGCAGGACUACAUUCGCGACGUCCGGCUUCGAGAAAACAAGAUUAAAUUACGGCCGGCAUCAUGCUAUGACUAUUUUUAUGUAUUCUCAUACGAUAGAGUGGAUACGGAGAUGAUAUUCUGACUCAAGAAGCAGGAAAUGGACAAGUGAGAGAUAUGGAGGAUUUUUUGGUGUAGGUACUGGAACUGGUUUCGCCAUGUGGAAUGUACAUCGAUCUGAAGUAAAACAUUAGGUUGUACUUAAGUACGUCUAAUACGUACGACGACAAAUCGCAAAAAACCCUUUUUUAGCCAUGCCGAGUCAUUAUGUGAAGACAGAGCGAGUGGCGCAGAAGAUGGAGCUACAGACAUCGCAAAUCUCGAUGCGAGGGAUCUCGACGUGGCAAUCAAAGUGGGAAUAGAUGGGUUGCGGGUCUACCUGCGGCAUCGUGAGAAAGACACAUGGCUCUCUGGCGCGAUUUUGCACGUCAGCAGUCAGACCGGGCGCCUGGCGUGCUCUAGCAGUGAAGGCGGAGGGAGCUGUGAACCGUUUGCUUUCCAGUGAUCGCAUUGAAUUUCGGGUCGGCUUCUACUCAUCUUUUUCAUUGCGUCGGUUCUCGGGAGGUUCUACAGUUUUUUGCUUCAAGGAGUAUGCAGUUACGGUUACGUCGUGGCCCUGAAUUCUACCUGCAACAGCGUACGUGGUGUGAGUGGUCAAUACAGCACAGUAAGUGCUGUCUUGGUACAUCAUAUUCCCGCAUGGCACGACGAAGACAGGGGAAGGAGCCCGAGGAGCAUGUUGUUCGAAAUGUUGUUUGUAUCGAUCGAGCUGAUUUGAAUUUGAAUCUUGAUCCUAAUUUUUUUUCGAGGAUAAUCAUAUCCUUUCCACAUAGUGCCGUACAUGUUGACCACAUUCACACAUGAUCUUGGCCUCGAGUACUGACGUAAGGACUUGCGGCCAUCCAACGUGAAAAGGCGCGAUGCUCGUCGGUAGGGAGGGUGAGCUGAAGUCGUCCUUCUGAUGGAAAUGUAUUGUUAUUCAAUUUUUUCUUCGGGGUUUUGUCUCCUAAUGUAGUAAGUUGUUUCUAGUUUGCUCCGAGAUUAUGGUUUCUCUGAUAGAUUAUAGAUACUGUACUUGUUCUUGAGAACUAAAAAGUGUGUAGUCCUUCGUUUUUGACUUUUUCAACUUGUCUCGUUAACGUUGUUAUUCUUAUUCUCAUGUAUUGUUUCCUCACCGUGAUCGUGAAUGCUAUUUGAGAUGUACGCUGUCACUACUAGUAGUAUAGUAAUAAUCUAGCAGAUCUAGUAGUUUCUCGAAGAUAUCUGUUGCCUAGUACGGAUUUUCGUCAUUCGUUACAUGACGUAUUGUACACGAUGGGGUAGGAGAACUACUAGGGACACGAGUAUAUGAAUCGAACAUCUUGCGUGCUGCUGCUCGCGCAAGGCUUUGCUUUCCUCUUAUUUUCAAUAUGAAUAUUAAAAUUUCUCGAACUAGUCUCGAGAAACAACUAACUACAUCAUACAUUUCUCCAUUUUUAUCUUUUUCUGGUUUUUGUUAACAAUGUCUGUGGGACGCAUGAGGUUCCUUUCUUAUUCUUCGAAGGUGAAAAAUACCACGUGACCAAAUGUAGCUACAGAAGCAAAGCGGAUUGCGACACCUAAUUUGAAGCUCUUCUUCACGAUAUAGGAACACGGUACUCGUGUUAGUUUCUUUUACUCACAAACCGAGUUUGCGAUCCACUCACAUUAUGAAACUUGCUGAUCGAUUUCGAGUGCGAUUUUUGCAAUUAUCUUAGAAACUGCUGACUCCAAUGAUCCUCGCUCUUGUUCUUGAUGUGGUAGUGAAAUGCUGAAAACCACGGACUCACCUGGCUCACAUGUUCGAGCCGAAAAAUAGUGGUAAGCUAGCGUUGAUCGAGGGCCACGGUUUCGGCUGAUUGAAUCAGCAGUCGGCACUGGAUUGUUCUUAUGUGAAGAAUCAUUUUGAUGUGGUACUUGGUAAUCUUUCUUUCUCUGCGAUGUUUCUCCAAAGAGUUCUGAAUAUCCUGGGGCUGUAAGUUUUGAUUGCGAUAAUUUUUGAUGUCGAUAUGGAGAAUGUCGUUUUGCGGUCUGUGUAGACGUGCGUAUGUGUGUGAGCGACUCACGAGGGUAUCUCUAUCUUCAAAGAUAUGUUGCUACUAGUGAAGCUGUUGUGCUUCAUCGUCUAGUAUUUUUAGCUGCCUGGCCGUCGUGCUUCAGGAUUCCCGCAGGGUAAUUAAAUGUUCUUAUUGCGUGGAAUAUAGACCCAGGUCCCAAAAAAAGUGAAGCGAUAGCACUGUCGCUCGUUGAGUAUCAAUUUUGAUAGUACAGACCACUUCGUUUCCGUGGCCUUCGAAAAGUGAUCCAAAGUGAUCCAAUUAAUGUUGCUUCUGGUGUGUGCAGAUGGCCAACUUCUGUCGAGAGUCGAGUGAAACCGAAACGCAUAAAUGCCACCUACCUACCUGGGUGACUUUUAUGCAUUUGGGUGACCCGCCAGUAGCCUUUUGGAAACUGAUUGGGGUCUAGAGUGUUUCCCACCUCUGUUAUGAGUGAGUCGAGAGACGCGGACUUGUUUACGGACAAAAAGCAAGAGGAUGGAAGACUAGAAAAACUUCAGAUCUUACGCGCAGCUUAAUUGAAAAGGGGGAGAGCGUCCCAUCGCUCUCCCUCGCCGAUCCUUUUAUCUCCCGCCCGCUCUUAGCAGAGAAGUGGCUAGCAGGCAUAAGGUAGCCCCUUUGGUAGGAGUAAUCCCUCCGGUUUCAGUUUUUCUUUUUGGAUAUUUAUUUCUUGGCGAUGGUGUUUGCGGAACAAGGUGGUCGAGAAGCGAUGGCGCGAAGCGUGAAGACCCUAGUAUAGAGUAGCUCCACCAAUGCGACGAUGUAUCUGAAGAUAUCUCAGUGAUUAUUCGCGGGCCGCCUCACUUUAAAAAAGUUCGAUCUCAGUAGUGGCGCCGCCCUCUGUGCCGAGUGUCCACAGCUUGAAGCUUCAGAUCCUAGCUAGCAAAUGGCCACAUCAAAGUUCUAGCUUUUUCCGUGUUCUUUUGUUGCAGGGUUUAGAUCUUGGCUCGCGGGGUUCAUCAGAUAUGCUCCAUGAUUGUUCUACUUAUGAGCCGUUGAUUAAUUUGCCCGUGGGGUUUCGGCUCUAGCUUUUCUGCGGCGAUGGCCGUUGCGCUUCAUCGUCUAGUAUUUUUAGGUGCCUGGCCGUUGUGCUUCAGGAUUCUCGCAGGGUAAUUAAAUGUUCGUAUGGCGAGGAAUAUAGACCCAGGCCCCAAAAAAAAGAAGCUGGUGGCAGCGUGAAUGAAUGAAAGAUAUGAUCAAGGCCAUUGCGCAAAUGAAGGACGAGCCUGUCACAACGACAAGAUGUGAGUACUUUUCUUAAAAUUAAUAUAUCGUCCGACGAUUCUUAUCUGCUGUCGCAUCAGCCUACUGGUGCAGUAUGUAUAUACAUAGUUUGCUGGCAAUGGUAUCCGCAUUUUCCGCAAUUAAUUGCAGUCAUUCUUGAUAGAUAGAAGUUUAUUGAAACUCGUAGUUUAGUCUCUACCACGGAUUUCUUGUGUAAGCGGCGAUCUUGAGCCUUUUUUUCUCUCUUCCGUGAAAAGACUAUGAGCAAUGUUUUACUGUAGAAAUUAUUGAGAUGCUCAUGUUUCUUGUGAAUGACUUUAGGCGCAGUGUGCGAUGACUAGACAGGAACGAUUCUUGCGAGAUUUCUCUCUUGAUUUUGAAAAUCAA